GCGAGCGAGCGAGACGUUGCGUUCCAGCGGAGCUCGCGCUGCGGCUUCGGUUCCAAAAAACCUUGCGAGGGAAGGCAGGGAAGUUGUAGCGGCGGCCGAGCCCGCGGGGUUGCAAUAGGCAGGAGCGAAGUCCAGAACCCGUGCAAUGGACGAUUGGUUCUCCGCUGUGGAAAGGGGGCAUCGGUUCUGGUGGAGGUUUGCAUUUUUGCUGGCGUGCCGAGAAUAUCGCACUCACCCGGAUUCCUCGUAGAAAGGAAAAGCAACAGGGAGGUGGAGCUGGUGUGAGUGAGUACUGCAUCUAGUGCACAGGGAGGAGGGAAGAAGAAAGAAAGAAAGAAGGGGUGGGGAGGUGGGAAACUAGAGCAUGAAAUUCCAAGAAGGGUUUGCUCAGAAGGAUAGUCCGUGCAACUGCAGACGGAAAACCAGAAGUAGGAGGAGAUGCAACUGGUGUAACUGAGUCACCCUCCUUUCGUCGGAGAGAGAGAGAGAGAGAGAGAGAGACAGAGAAAUUGCCCUCAGAGGCACUUUCCCGAGCGAAUGACGGAACCUGCUUUUCCAGCUCGCUGAGUGGAUAGGUCGGUGUUAUGUUUUAAAUGCAGGGAUUUUACAGGCAGUGAGGCAACGAAGAGUUGGAAGUCGGUGGGAUGAAAGCCUUGGAGAACCUUUUAAAUAUUUUUACGUGAAACGUUAAUCGGACUCUUUUUUUGACACCACAAGAAGACCCAAAUAUUCUUAGAGAGGAAAAGAGAGUCUUUUUCUGAAAAAAAGGAGAAAAUCUGGAACUCGGCCAGCCUGUGGCCGUGACGCUGCCUGCAGAGUUUAAAGGGGGAGAAGUAGAGGAGACGGGUCGCGCCCUGACCGGGCGAAAGAAAAAGGGGGGGGGCUCUCGGUGGCGCGCGGGAUUCGGAGCGGAGACGGCGACAAAUAUGCUGCUGGCUUCCGCCGUGGUGGUCUGGGAAUGGCUGAACGAGCACGGGCGCUGGAGACCUUACAGCCCGGCCGUGAGCCAUCACAUCGAGGCGGUGGUCCGGGCCGGACCCAGAGCCGGCGGCAGCGUGGUCUUAGGCCAGGUGGACAACCGGCUCUCGCCCUAUAUCAUCGACCUGCAAUCCAUGCACCAGUUCCGCCAGGAUACCGGCACCAUUCGCCCAGUGCGGCGCAGCUAUUAUGACCCCUCGUCAGCACCAGGGAAGGGCGUGGUGUGGGAGUGGGAGAAUGACAAUGGCACCUGGACCCCCUAUGACAUGGAGGUGGGCAUCACCAUCCAGCAUGCCUAUGAGAAACAACAUCCCUGGAUUGAUCUCACAUCUAUUGGCUUCUGCUACAUCAUAGACUUCAGCACAAUGGGACAGAUCAAUCGUCAGACACAACGCAAGCGUCGUGUUCGCCGUCGCCUUGACAUGGUCUAUCCGUUGGUCACUGGCACCUUGCCUAAAUCCCAGUCAUGGCCAACAAGCCCCGGGGUAGCCAGUACGCCCCCUGCACCUGCCUGCACUUGUCCGCAGUGUCUUCUGGUCAUGAGCAUCAAGGCAGCAGUAGCGACUGGAAGCUACGGAGGACCUGGAGCUGUGGCCAGCCAGCAGCAGCUGCAUCAGCAGCAGCCGCCACUCCCCCCAAGGAAAGCUGUCUCCCUUUCUGGUAGCGCUAAACUCCCCACUCCAGCAUCAGUUCACAAACCCCAAGAUGGAACAGCCACCAUGCGCAGCUCCUUGAAGACCUUGGCUUCUCAAGUGACCCGGAGGCAGGCAGCAAGCACACCAGCACUCGCCAGCACUACUUCCCCUGCCAGCCCUCCCAGUGCCAAUGGCAAGGUGACACGUGCCAGCCUUAAUACACUGAAUCGUACCAACCUGCAGCGCCUGGCUAUUGCACAGUCCCGUGUGCUAAUUGCUUCAGGGGUUCCCACAGUUCCUGUUAAAAAUCUCAAUGGCUCCAGCCCAGUCAACCCAGCAUUGGCAGGAAUCACAGGGAUCCUCAUGAGUGCUGCAGGGCUGCCUGUUUGCCUCACUCGACCCCCAAAGCUGAUUCUGCAUCCCCCUCCGGUCAGUAAGAGUGAAAUCAAACCCAUCCCUGGAAUUUCCAGUUCUUGCCGCAAGACUACCAAAAAGCAGACAAAGAAAGGUAAAAGUCCUGAAGAAGUAUUGAAAAAGUACCUACAGAAAGUGCACCAUCCUCCUGAUGAGGAUUGCACCAUCUGCAUGGAACGCCUUUCUGCCCCAUCAGGCUACAAGGGACCUCAGCCAGCCGUCAAGCCAGAUUUGGUGGGCAAGCUCUCCAAGUGUGGCCACAUGUACCACCUUCACUGCCUUGUGGCCAUGUACAAUAAUGGGAACAAGGAUGGGAGCUUGCAGUGCCCAACCUGUAAAACCAUCUAUGGGGUGAAAACUGGCACCCAGCCUCCUGGAAAGAUGGAGUAUCACCUUAUUCCUCAUUCUUUGCCUGGACACCCUGACUGUAAAACCAUCCGAAUCAUCUACAACAUCCCACCAGGCGUCCAGGGACCUGAACACCCAAAUCCUGGGAAGAGCUUCACUGCACGGGGUUUUCCUCGACACUGUUAUCUCCCAGACAGUGAACGAGGCAGAAAGGUGCUGAAACUGCUGUUGGUAGCCUGGGAUCGGCGGCUGAUCUUUGCCAUUGGUACGUCAAGCACCACUGGCGAGUCAGACACAGUGAUCUGGAACGAGAUACAUCACAAGACUGAGUUUGGCUCCAACCUUACUGGCCAUGGCUACCCUGAUCCCAACUACCUAGACAAUGUGCUGGUUGAGCUGGUAGCUCAGGGCAUUACAGAGGAGAGUGUGGCCCAGGAGAAGGAUUGAGAAUAUGGGAGGAGAGGAGAAGGGCCUUGGCCCAUAGGGGGUGGAGCUACAAGGAUGGCCAUAUUCCAUGGAUCAAGUUUCCUCCCUCUUCUGCUGUGCCUGCUCUGUCCUCUCCUCCUCUUGCCACAGCCACCAUUUGCCUCUUAAAAGAGCCAGCUCUGCCUCUCCAGCAAUUUGUUGAGGGGCUUCCUCAGAUGAGAAGCUUCUGGCUUACUCUUGUAUGCCCCCCCACAGUGUUUGGCUCAUUGGAGCAAGCAAACCAGGGAGAUUUUUUUCCCAGCAUAGAGUGUCCUGGUGUGGUUUGAGGUUAUAUUAACCUCAGUACCUAAACCUGCUUUAUGUUCGUAGUUCGGAUCCCUAGCCUUAUCCUUUUCUGGGAUGCAGGGGCAUCUUUGUGGGGGGGAGGGAAAUAAGGGAGCCACUUUAAAUUCUGUGAAAUGCAAAGUAUGCCUUGGGGGCAAGCAGUUCCAUAAGGGAUUGCUGGUGGCACCACUAAGGAGUCAACAAGUUGGCUCUUUUCAAAGGCACUGAAAAUUAAAAACCAGCCCUGGUCUUCUUUCGCUCUUUCUCUUUCUCUUUCUUUACCCAGCUAGGUGCCUGGUUCCUUGUUGUCAUGUCACUGCUUUCAUGUUGUGGGCUCAGUGUGAGUCAGAAAUGUACUGUUUGCUGGUCUGGUACUUUUCUCCUUGCAGGCUCCCACUUUCUAUGGCUGCUGCUCCCACCUACAGUUCCAUUCCAAGGCAGCAAAGAAGCUAGCCUGCUGCCUACUUGAAUCUGUACCAGUCCCUUAGGAAAGCAGGCUGGACGUUCCUUCUCUUUGAUAACAUUCCAAACUGGGUCAGCUUUUAUACAAGUUUCCAUAACCAACUUUGAAGUGGUCUUAAACAAAAUCAAAGAACUACAGCUGGCCUCUGGACUUGAACCUCAAAUAGGAGCUUUCACCUCUUGCUUCCUUGAACUUGGCCUUUCUGAACUGGCCACCUGAACCUGCCUCCAAAGCCAGCCCAUUCCAGACCAAUCAGAGCUAGUAUUUUGUCCUCUUGAGCUGAAUCUGCUGAAUCCAGCUGAGUUUCUUGAUGCAUAAUCGGCUUGGUUAGCUUAAAGUCAGGUAUACAGACCAGUAACAGAGCUGUGUGGCCCAAACUCUUUUUCCAUUUUGUGAACUGCAUCCCAGGUGUUGUUUUAUGUCUGAUCUGUUCCUAUUGUGGGUUAAAAAGAAUGAAGUUAUGGAAGUGGUGGAGGUGGUAUGCUUACUGUUUUUUUCCUCAUGUGCUCUCAAGGUGGGUUCUUUGAACUAUUUGUAUGGGGGAGUCCCCUGGAUUCUGAUUUGAAUUUAUUUACCUCAUAUUUUGGAGGGUUUGCCGUAUAUAUGUAUAUAUUUAUAUAUGUAUUUGUAAUGUAUGAGAAAGACUGAAGCUAGGAUGCAUAACAUAACGGUACUUAAGAUAGACCUGGAGGCUAAGUGCGACUACUACGACUAUUGCCCUUUGCCAUAACAAUAUAGGCAGGAGCGAGCAACCUGGUAACAUCACAAGUGUGUUGGAACGCAAAUCCCAUCAGCCUGAACUAGUCUGGUAAAGAGUCAGGGUUUAUGGAAAUGGUUGUCCAAAACAUAAGAGGGUACCAGGUUGCCUGUUUUUUGGCAUAUAGGUAAGACUGGCAGCCAUUUUGAAAUUGCCAGACCAAUGAUAUAUUCAUACCCAUCUCUCUCUACCCUUGGUAUUUUAACUGGAAAUGUGUUGUUUUUAAAAUGUAUUAACAACCCUUGUGAAAUCUUGUUGGGUAGGCUCGGAUGAGAAGAGAGAGAAAGGGGACAGGUUGAAAAGAGAAGCAUGUAAGGGUAGAAAGGGGCAUGUUUGCAGAGGUGACUGACUGCAUGCCUGCCCCCAUGGGUGGUGGCUGGGUGUGCGUGAAAGAGGAGAAGCCCAGAGAUGUCACAAGGGUUGUUAAGUCUGCGGUGUGUCUUUAAGGUUCUUAAUUUUAUUGGGCUCCUAGGUCCAUGUUGCCUCAAGCCUCUUAGUGGCACUUCCUUCAAGAGGAUGUUAACAUUCCAGUAUGCCUGCUUCUUUCUGAAAAUCUAAAUUGGUUUCAGAAAUCACUUCCUAUAGGCCAUUAAUGUAGCUAAAAUUAUGUUCUGCUUGUCCUUCUCCAACUCUCUGUGUCUCAUAAGACUUACAUUCUUUAAUCUUUGAAUCACUUACUCCGUAAUAAUAGUAACAAGGACAUAUCACCAGAUCUGAGUUGCCUGGGCUUCCAUUGUACAAAAUAAUUCCUAUAUCAGCUUCCCUGUUGAAUUCACAAUUACCUGUGUCUUCCCUCUAGAGAUUUGGUUUGACAGAAUCUCUUUACAAGCAGGUUUCAAUGUUCCCUCUAAAUAUAUUAAAACGGUCAUUCCUCUCUUCCCCACGAAUCUUCCUACUUCCUCAGUUAACUCUGGCAUUCCCCCAGAUGCAACUUAGCCUCCAGGAUAGGGUAAAUAUGUUGAAGGGUGACCUUCUAGAGACUGUCAUCUCCCAUCUGAAGGGAGUCAAUUUACCUUUUAUUUUACUUUUGGCUGAUUAAUUUUUCCUUUAAUUCUCCAGCUGUUAAGGAUUUUAUACUUCACAGAAAAUUAUGAUCAGUCUGAGGUGACACUGUUAUUGGGGAUGAUGGACAGGGUUUCUUUCCCCGUCUUGUCUUUGUCAUGUCCCAAAAGCAGGAUGUGUGGGUGCUGGUAGUGGUAGGUAAGUAGGGAGGGAGGGGGCAUGGUGGGAGGAACCAUGCUAUAUAUUGUUUGUUUGUUGUUUGUGAACGGUGCAUUUGCCCGUCUCUAGUUUGUUGCAUUGUGUAAGGAUGGCACCCUUGGGGGUGUAACAAUAAAAGGAAAACUCUACUGCCA